AUGGUCCAAGCUCUUUCAAUGGGUAGCUACGGUAUUUCUCAUAUGUUGCCUCCACCACCAGGAACAAGUCACUAUACUAUUCUCCCGACAAAGUUCAUAGACAGUGUCUCUCCACAAGAAAUCAAAUUUAAUCUUCCUAAUGAGUUUGAUGGCUUGGAACGAAUAAUUCUGCAGGCGACAGGAAAUUUGCAAAGAGUUAUGGCUGCCUAUUUUAACCGGCCCGUCAACGUACAACACGUUAAAAACGUUGAACUUCCCGCGACGCCUCGAAGCGAAGGAAAAGAUUCUUUUGACUCGGACGAUGAUAACAGCGAUGAUGCCACCGUUGUACUCAAGCGUUUUGAACGACAAAUUAACUUGUUUUGUGAAGAAAAAUUCUUAUAUACCGCAGACUCUGUGCUCAUCGUACGCAACCAGAGUGUCCUAGACUUAAUAGAAAAGCAGAAAGCCGGCAUUGCACAAAUAUUUUGGGCGUUACAGAAGCUCCCUAACUUCAAGUUGCAUGCUAUUGGUAGACAUGGUGACGAAGCUGGUGGAAGCUUUUGGAGAGAUUACACCUUGAGUGUCGACGAUUUGAUGUACUGCCAUAUUCGCGAAAUGUUCCCUGCUGAUGUUUUCAACUCCUCAUCUGAUGACCGUCAGAUGGGUCCAUGCCCAACAGGAACCAUAUGGGUUGCAACCGACUAA